AUGUCGAAGUUUCCUUCCUUCACCAAAACAUGGCAUCACUCGCCCUACGCCACGAUUGACCCUCUUGAGCCUUCUCUGUCUGCCCACGGAAAGAUUGUUUUCAUCACCGGCGGCGCGACUGGAAUUGGCAAAGCAACAGCAAUCGCUUUUGCACAGGCCAAGGCACGCGCAGUCGUCAUAACAGGCCGGACCCGAUCCACGCUCGACAGUGCGAAGGUAGAGAUUGAGAGCGCAGCCAAGGCUCGAAACAACGUGGACUUCCAGUGUCUCAUCUUUCGCGCUGAUGUUACUUCGACUAAGGCCAUGGACGACGCCUUCUCGCAGACUGUUCAGAAAUUAGGCAGAAUCGAUGUUCUCGUCUCCAACGCAGGGUACCUGGAUAGGCACUCACUCAUUACCGAAUCGGAGCUCGAUGAUUAUUGGCAAUGCUUCGAGACGAAUGUCAAAGGUGCCCUCGUCGUUAUCAAUGCAUUCUUGAAGACCUGUCCGCGGGCUCAAGGUCAAUCAACCGGACCGUCCGAGCCCACGGUUUCCAAACCCGUCAUCAUCAAUAUCUCCACGGGCGCCGCGCACCUACCUCCCUCGAUGUUAACCACGUUCUCCGCCUAUGCCACUUCGAAACUCGCGGCUCUCCACAUCUUCUGCUAUCUCCAAGCCGAGAAUCCCGAUAGUCUCAUCGUAUUCAACCUCCAGCCGGGUGAGAUCCCCACUGCGAUGGCCAGAAAGGGGCAGCGAGACAUGGCCAAGGAUGAUGUACGGUUGCCUGCAUCCUGGUGCGUUUGGGCCGUCGCUAAAGCGGAGACCGAGGCGAAUUUUCUCAAAGGCAGAUUUGUGUGGGGAAAUUGGGACGUCGAUGAGUUGAGUGAGAGGAGGGAGGAGGUUGUGAGAGGGGAUCUCCUAAAGGUUGAGUUGAAAGGCUGGGGCGGGGAGUUUGUAGAGAGGUAUGUCGAGUGA